GGAAAAGAUAUUACAAAAAAAUAGCGAUUAUUCAUUUUUUAUAGGAUAUAUUUGUUUUUUAACUAUCUUACGUCACUGUCGACUUAUGUACUAUGUACUGUGACUAAUUUUGCAAUCUAUCAAAUUAUAUUAUAUUCAUUAUCUUAAGCUUAUUUAUUUUAUUGUGACACAAUUACAGAUAAUACGAUAAAUUAAUAAUACUUUUAGUUUCAGUUUGAUCGUGUUAUGUGCUAAUAACUUGUCAGAUUAACGGAACUUGUAUGUGUUGCACUUAACUGUUUGUAGUGUUCACUACAAUUUACUGUUUGUUAUCAGAUCGUUCGUUCCAUACUUUGACGAAAUAGCACGUUUAACUCUCACUUCCUUUUUAUCACUCAUUUGAUAUAGAGAAAUAGAACAAUCAGAAUGGCUCUCUCCAAGCCUAAAAAUUUAAUAUUUCAACUUACCUCUGCUUAUUUCGAACGUCUUUAUUCGAGUCCACUGAAAACUAAAGCGAUCACUAGUUGUGUUAUCGCAGCUCUUGGAAAUUUUAUCUCGCAAAAAAUAUCUGGCGCAAAGCGUUUCAAUGAAGACAGUUUCCUCGCAUUUGCUCUCUUUGGGCUAUUCUUUGGAGGCCCACUUCCACAUUAUUUUUAUACAUAUAUAAAUCCAUUUGUGAGAAACCCUUUAAUACUUUUGUUAGUAGAAAGAUGUUUAUAUACGCCAUGUUAUCAGGCAUUAGCAUUAUACAUGUUAUCUAUAUUUGAGGGUAGUUCACAUGAUGAUGCUUUGAAACAAAUGAAAAAGUUAUAUUUGCCAGUACUUACUGCAAAUUUAAAAUAUUUAACGUUACUUCAGUUUAUUAACUUAAAAUAUGUUCCACCAAUUUUACGCGUUCUUGUGGUAAAUCUUAUUGGUUUCUGUUGGGCUAUAUAUCUCGCACAACAGCGUUCUAAACAGACAAAAGCUACAAAAUAACAUCAGUGGGGCAAGAUACUAACAUAUUCAUAUAAUAGAGAUUUAAUUUUUAUAUUACUAAAUAUUAAAAGGAUAUGCUGCUUAUGGGGUA